AGGUCAUAACCUAUAAGUUCAUUAAGUAGUAGCUAAAAUAAAUAAGUAAAAUAAUAAUUUAACAUUUUCAAAUUGUUUUUUUUUAUUAUUAAUACCCGCUUAAUUAGAGGCUAUGGCGAGUCGAGUUCCAUUCCAGAGCACAACGGGUUUUUGCGCCAGGUGCGGCUCCAUUCUUCCCCUAUUGCAGGAAUUUGGUUCUGUAAAAUGCUAUGCUUGCAAAUCGGUGUAUGGCGCUGAAAACUUCAACAAUAUAAAAUUCAAAUACACAAUACACUUUAAUGCAGUGUCAACAUUGCCCACUGAAAAUAUUUUGAAUAUGGACAACCCCGAGGGUCCAGUUGUUGAGAGAAAAUGUCCCAAGUGCGGCAAUGACAGAAUGUCAUAUGCUACUCUCCAGUUGAGGUCUGCGGAUGAAGGACAGACUGUGUUUUACACCUGUACAAGUUGCAAAUACAAGGAAACUGAAAAUUCCUAAAGGGCGCUUCAGAUUGCAAUGGGUUACUAUUUAAUUAUAAGACAUUUCAAAA